GACAAAAUAUUCCACGUCAAUCGAGUUGGAGUGAAAAUUGGCAUUUUGCCUCGAGUUUCUUGCGCUGUCGGAAUCUGUAUUCAAAGUGAAUGGCCUACAACCCACAACUGUAGCCACUAGAUUCUAUUUCAAAUUAAAACUCCAAUAAUAGUUAAAUAAUCAAAAUGAAAUUUAUAUAUUUAGCGUUCUUAGUUCUACCUGCAGCGUUACUAUGUCUACAAAACGGUAACACAAUCCUAGCCAGGGCAGAGGAAGACGAGUUAGACGAUGUGGUGGACAUUGAGGGGGAGGACAACCAGGUGGUGGGUGAUGAUGCUCUCGGAGAAGAUGAUGAUUCAGUGGUGAAGUCCUCGCAGGAUGUAGACACAACUAUACUAUUCACAAAGCCUGUUACCAACUAUGGAGACAAUGCUUUCGAUCUGCAAGCAGGAUUCCCCGUCGAAUUCCUAGUAGGCUUCAUCAAUAAGGGUGCAGAGGACUACAUCGUCGAAUCCAUGGAGGCGUCAUUCCGCUACCCAAUGGACUAUACAUACUACAUCCAGAACUUCACAGCUUUGCCAUACAACAGAGAAGUUAAGCCGAAACAGGAAGCCACCUUCGCAUACUCCUUCAUCCCGAACGAGGCAUUCGCGGGCAGACCAUUCGGUCUCAACAUCCAGCUCAACUAUAAAGAUGCCAGCGGAAACUUCUACCAGGAGGCAGUGUACAACCAGACAGUGAACAUCGUGGAGGUGUCUGCGGGGCUGGACGGCGAGACAUUCUUCCUGUACGUGUUCCUGGGCGCGGGCGCGGUGCUGGCGCUGGUGGGCGGCCAGCAGGCGCUGUCGUCGCUCGCCAGGCGCCGCGCCCCGCGCCCGCAGGCGCGCACGCUGGAGCGCGGCACCGCCGCCGACGUGGACUACGACUGGCUGCCGCAGGAGGUGCUCAACCAACUCAAAAAAUCUCCCAAAGUGCCGAAACAGUCGCCACGCGCAAGGAAGGCGAAGAGAUCCGCCGGCGACGACUAAACUGUCGUGAGAGAGCGAAUGCGCGCGAUUGGGGUCACUACAGCGCCUACUGGAACGGUCUAGCGGGCUCGCUCGGUCACUUGCCCGCCACUGCUUAGGAGAGUAAACGGAGAACGCAUAUAUUUGACAUUUUAUUAAAAUAGUAUCAAUAAGGAUUUUUUUCCUUUAAAUCCAAUAUCAUUUUAGACAUAAAAGACAUGGUAAAUGUGUAGUGCUAGGCCUGUUUUGAUUUUAGUCGUAUUGACAGACUGUUGUGCGUAGUACGUAAGUUGUGAAGUGCGUAAAUUAUGGAACUGUGCGGAGAUUUGUAACAACGUGCGCGUAUGUGAGCGAUAUUUAAUAAAACAAUGUUACAUUUUUA